CCCUACAGCCGGCCCGGUUCCGGAAGCACGCUGAGGCAACUUCUGGGCUCUCUUGCUUCUGAGCUGAGGCGUGUAGCAGAAGUUUAUAUUUUUCAUCGUGUAGUUGUGGUUUAACAGCGAUCAUGGGAGAUCCUAUAGCCGAAUAUACAGCUCGACUCCUGCGACAGGAGAACGAAAUAAAAGCACUGUCUGCUGAAAUCGACAGUCUGAAGAACCCGGUGGUGUCGGGUGUUCCCGAUCACAUAGACGAGCUACGGGAAGAGAACACCAAACUCAAGUACCGACUCAACAUCCUGAAAAGGAGCCUGCAGGAGGAGAGGAUGGAGUGCACUAAGACCAUGAUGAACAUCAACCUGCGGCUCCAGGAGAUCUUUGGGGAGGCGAUUCGCACCGCAUGCCCAGAGCUGGACAGCGCUCCCCUGGCUGUCACCCCCAGCCAGCAGGCCAAGUUCGGAGACUACCAGUGCAACAGCGCCAUGGCCAUGGCUCAGAUGCUAAAGGCUAAGGGGUCAAAGGUCAACCCUAGGGAGAUUGCGGAGAAGAUUGUCCAGAACAUUCCGGAGAAUGAGCUUAUUCAGAGCACAGAGAUCGCCGGUCCAGGGUUCAUUAACGUUCACCUGAGAAAAAAUAUUGUGUCCAAGCUGCUGACCAACCUGCUGGUCAACGGCGUACAGCCGCCACCUCUGGAGUCCAGAAAGAAGGUGGUGGUGGAUUUCUCCUCCCCCAACAUCGCUAAGGAGAUGCAUGUGGGUCACCUGCGCUCUACCAUCAUCGGGGACAGUAUGUGCCGCCUGUUUGAGUUCCUUGGCUACGAGGUGGUGAGGCUAAACCACGUUGGGGACUGGGGCACGCAGUUCGGCAUGCUGAUCGCCCACCUGCAGGACAAGUUCCCCAACUACCUCACUUCCUCCCCACCCAUUGGAGACCUCCAGGCCUUCUACAAGGAGUCCAAAAAACGCUUUGACGAAGACGAGGCGUUCAAGAAGAGGGCGUACCAGUGUGUGGUCAAGCUACAGAGCAAAGAGCCCGAGUUCAUCAAGGCCUGGAACCUCAUCUGUGACGUGUCUAGGAGAGAGUUUCAGAAGGUCUAUGACUGCCUGGACGUGUCCCUGGUGGAGCGGGGGGAGUCUUUCUACCAGGAACUCAUGACCGAGGUGGUCAAGAAGUUUGAAGAGAAAGGGCUCGUGGAGAUGGACGAGGGCAGGAAGGUGGUGUUUGCCCCGGGCCAGUCCAUCCCUCUGACCGUGGUCAAGUCUGACGGAGGCUACACCUACGACACCUCCGACCUCGCCGCCCUGUACCACCGUGUGUUCGUGGAGAAGGCCGACAUCCUUAUCUACGUCACAGACAGCGGACAGGGUGUCCAUUUUCAGGUGGUAUUUGCCGCUGCUCGGAUGAUUGGUUGGUACGACCCCAAAGUGACACGAGUGGAACACGCCGGCUUCGGAGUGGUGCUGGGAGAGGACAAGAAGAAGUUCAAGACUCGCUCGGGCGACACGGUCAGGCUGAUGGACCUGCUGGACGAGGGCCUGAAGAGGAGUAUGGACAAGCUGAAGGACAAGGAGAGAGAUAAGGUGCUGACUCCAGAGGAACUGGCCAAAGCCCAGAAAGCGGUGGCCUUUGGCUGCAUCAAGUAUGCCGACCUGUCCCACAAUCGCAUCAACGACUACGUCUUCUCCUUCGACAAGAUGCUCGACGAUCGGGGUAACACCGCUGCCUACCUGCUCUACGCCUUCACCAGGAUCAGAUCCAUCGCCCGGCUGGCCAACAUCGACGAGGCGGCGCUCCGCAAGGCGGCCGAGACCACCGAGGUGCUGCUGGACCACGAGAAGGAGUGGAAGCUGGGCAAGUGCAUCCUGCGCUUCCCCGAGAUCCUGCAGAAGAUUCUGGAUGACCUGCUGUUGCACACGCUCUGCGACUACCUGUACGAGCUGGCCACCACCUUCACCGAGUUCUACGACAGCUGCUACUGCGUGGAGAAGGACCGACAGACAGGUGAGGUGGUGAAGGUGAACAUGUGGCGGAUGCUGCUGUGCGACGCCACUGCUGCCAUCAUGGCCAAAGGCUUCGACAUCCUGGGCAUCACCCCCGUGCAGAGGAUGUGAGCGGCCCAAGGACACACACACACACACACACACACAAGCCUCUUCAACCGCAGGUUUAUGAACUGACAGGCCGCAAGCUGACCGUAUUCAAUGCCAAUCGUUUACCAACUGUAAUGUCCUUCAGGAUUUUAUCAUUCAAAACUAUUAAAACAAAAAGGAAAGAAAAAUUGAUUUGCUGGAGAAAGAGCAAAUUGGUCUGGACCCUUUUGUUUCCUAGUGUCAGCAAUAAAGGGCAAUUAUGCUUGUUUUCACAUUUA